AUGAAGUCUGUCAAUGUCGCCGAACACAAGCACCACCACCAUGGCCUACACUCCCCCACGCCGGCGUCGGCGACCAAGAUCUCGAUUCCCGUCUCUUCCGGCGAGGCGGCGCUGUUCGGGAAGGGUAGGUACAAGGUGUGGGCCCUCGCCGCCAUCGCGCUCCUCGCGCUCUGGUCCAUGUUCGCCGCCUCCGUCACGCUGCGCUUGUCCUCCGGGGAGCUCGCCGCCACGUUCGGGGACGUGAGCGAUCCGCUCAUCGACGAUCUCGACCCCCUCGAGAUGGAGCAAAGGGAAAAGCUAGUGCGCCGGAUGUGGGAUGUGUACACACACACGGAUAAUCAUGUACGGCUUCCACGAUUCUGGCAAGAAGCAUUUGAGGCUGCAUAUGAGGAGCUUGCUGGUGAUGAUACGCUUGCUACUGAUGCGGCUAUAUCUGAGAUUGCUCGCAUGUCAAUCCAUAGGCCUGAGCUUGAGCAAUCGUGGAAUAGGAAUUAG